UCAACAAGUGUCUCUGUCUAAUAAAAACCUGAGUAGGAGUAGUAUAAUCUUGUGCAUUCCUUUUUCCCUAAUCUAACAUUACCAACGUCCAACGAUACGUCUUCAGCGGCGGCCCGAUGAGAGGCAGGAGAUGAAGAAGUGCCACGUCUGUCCUGGUCUGUGAUUGUGACGCAGGAGCAGCUGCAUUUCAUGGCACCAAGAAGAAGAAUCUGCUUUUCUUCUUGGAAGUUGAAACUUUUCCCCAAUCCCCAAGACUUCGGAUUAAAGUAAGACCAGCUGCCACCGCCACACUUGACAAUCUCCCCAGCUCGAUAGAUCGCCACCGAGAACGCACGCACCGGAUGCGGCGGCGCUGGCAGCACCUCCUCGCGGCGGCAGCCGGGGCCCUCCUCCUUGCGCUGGCCCUGGGGGGAGCCUCGGGGCCGGCAGAGCACCACCGGCGGCCGCUGCCGCUGCGGUUCCCGCCGUGCGGCCGGUUCAAGGCGGCGCUCUUCGCGGACCUGCAUUACGGCGAGAACGCCUGGACCGACUGGGGCCCCGCCCAGGACGCCGGCUCCGACCGCGUCAUGGCCGCCGUCCUCGACGCCGAGAAGCCAGAUUUCGUGGUGUACCUGGGCGACCUGGUGACGGCGAACAACGUGCCGAUCCGGAACGCGAGCCUGUACUGGGACAGGGCGCUGUCCGCCGCCAGGCGCAGGGGGAUCCCAUGGGCCACCGUCUUCGGCAACCACGACGACAUGCCCUUCGAGUGGCCGCCCGAGUGGUUCUCCCCCGCCGGCGUCCCGCCGCUGCGCUGCCCAUGCCCGCCGGCGUCGGUUUCAGAGUGCUGCAGCUUCCGCGGCACGCCGCGGAUCGAGCUGAUGGCGGCUGACAUCGCCAACGAAGGGCUGUCGCACUCGUCGAGCGGCCCCGAGGAGCUGUGGCCCGGCGUGUCCAACUACGUGCUGCAGGUGCUCUCGCGCGAGGAGGAAGAAGAAGAUGACCCGGCUCUGCUCAUGUACUUCCUCGACUCCGGCGGCGGGUCCUACCCGGAAGUCAUCUCCGGCGCGCAGCUCAAGUGGUUCCAGACCCAGUCCCACUUCCUUAACCCAGAUGGCAGGAUUCCUGAGCUGAUAUUCUGGCACAUACCCAGCACGGCAUACGCGAAGGUGGCUCCCAAGGCCAAGACCCGGAUAAGGAAGCCCUGUGUUGGAUCAAUCAACAAGGAAGAUGUAUCACCGCAGGAAGCUGAAUGGGGCAUGAUGGAUGCCGUCGCCAAGAGGCCAUCAGUCAAAGCGAUCUUCGUGGGGCACAACCACGGGCUGGACUGGUGCUGCCCCUACGAGGAACUGUGGCUCUGUUUCGCGCGGCACACGGGGCACGGCGGCUACGGCGACUGGCCAAGAGGAGCAAGGAUCGUUGAGAUCACCGAGAAGCCCUUCUCCGUCGUGUCCUGGAUCCGGAUGGAAGACGGGACGACGCACAGCCGUGUGACCUUGAGCUCUUAAACUUGACCUCUUUUUUGCAUCCGGACUGGUCUGGAGUUUGUAGUCGAGAAGAUUUGUAAUUAACUCGCGGUGUAUUUAAUCUGUGAGACGAAACCACGAAACAGGGGCGCCGCAAAAUUAAACCGGAA